CUACUAAGGAGACGAAGAAGAAGAAGAGGCAUGUCGUCACUUCCGUAAACACAUGAAACUGGCAGAUUGGAGAUUGUGAACCGCGUGUUUUAUUCAUUUUUUUUAUUAAUAUUUCUAUCAUUAAGUUAUGUGUCCUGAUUGUUUACGAUGUCUCAUACUAAAUCCUCUCAAGGCAUAAAAAAUUCUGGUGCGGGUGUGACUGAAACAACAGAGGAUGACUCUGCCGGUGGGAAAACUACAUUUAUGAGUGCUGAGCUAAAUGUGAGGCGGCGUGUGUCGAAAGAGGUGGGACUCACCAGCUACACCUUCAUCGGUCCAGCAUUUCCUCCACCAACAACCAAAGUCAAGUCUGACAUUGAAGACACACUGAGUGAGUUUUAUAAAGAGCUUGAGAAGAUCGACACACCCGAUGCAGCUAUUCCUCAACCACCAGUACCUCUCAAAAUACCUACCAGCAAAGAAAAGAUAUCUCAGGAUGUAAGCGAGGCAAAUAUCGUUCAGUCUGUAGAGACAGAUGGCUUCCAGAGAAGCAGCGGGCAGAGACAGCCAUCCAGGCAACACUGGUAUCAAAAUGAGCCAUACACCCCCAGACGACCGAGGCCAGGCAUGGACCAGAGCUCUGGCAGAGCUGCUCCUACUCAGAAUCAGUGGCAUCAUCCUCAAACACUGAACAGACCGCCAAACCCAAGAUUUCAAAGACCACCAUUCCUCCCUCCACCGCCCCCACCUGCAUUCCCAAAUCCACAAAACCUACCGUCACACGGGAAUCACAACUGGAGUGGUUCAAGCUUGACAAACCAGUAUCAAGAGGAGUCGCACUUUCCAACAUUUCCAAACUUCCCACCUCCGAAUGUAUGCAGUCGCCCCCCUCCAGACUUUCAUAGAGAUUCUCCAUACCACUUUGACAAAGAUGAGCGGGUUCGCACCUACGAUGCACACUCGGAUAGUGAAAAUCUUGGAUGGUCGAGAGACAGAAAAGAUGAACAGCGUCAGUCGGGUGAAGAUUACGACAGGCACCAGAGAUAUGACCCAGAAAAUGCGCAGUGGGAAAAUCACUGCCAGCGACCUGAUAACCAUGAUGUAAACCAUUCUUCACUGGUGCUGAUCUUGAUGAGGGGGUUACCAGGAUCUGGGAAAUCAACACUGGCCAGGGAGCUGCUCUCCACUGGUCCCAGUGGGCUAAUACUGAGCACAGACGACUACUUUGCUUACAGAGAUGGUUACCGCUAUGAAGUAGGUCUUCUGGGAGCGGCACAUGAAUGGAACCAGAGCAGAGCUAAAGAUGCGAUGCACGACGGCCGAUCUCCCAUUAUUAUUGAUAAUACAAACCUCCAAGCCUGGGAAAUGAAGCCGUAUGUCAAAAUGGCGUUGGAGAAAGGAUACAAAGUGGACUUUUGUGAGCCGGACACCAGCUGGAAGUUUGAUCCUUAUGAGCUCGAGAAGAGGAACAAGCAUGGCGUGCCGUUGGAGAAGAUCGCACAUAUGAUGGAUCAUUUUUCGUUUCCCAUAUCCAUCGACAUCGUCAUGACUUCACAGGAGCCACAUCACGUGAACCAGAGACGUCGACCGGAGCAGCCGCAGAUGAGGCGGAAUAACCAAGACUUUCAUUAGAUUUUUACAGAGUCAGCCAAGUGAUCUGCCUCGAAGAACAUUUUUGUAAUGGUGUAAAUAUUGUUAGCAGCUGUUUCUACAUGAUUUUUAAUAUAUUUUGUAAAGUGUAAAUUAAUACAAUGAGAGGAGAAAUGUAUUUUUCUGAUUUUUUUCUGAAUUUUUUUCUGAGGAUUUUCGUGUUAAAGACAUUUCUGCUAGGAAACGAAGUCUGCACUAUUUUUGCAUUUUGUAUUAAAUUGCUGAGAUUUCAAACUUG